AUGCAGCUGAAGGAUGUUGUAGCAAAACUAUUUGAACUUUGGAAUUUGAUGGACUCUUCAAAAGAAGAGAGAAACUGUUUUAUGAAGAUUACUUCUAUUGUUGAAACCUCAGAAUCAGAAAUCACUGAACGAGGUGUUCUUUCAACAGAAAUGAUAGAGAAGGCUUCAGCAGAAGUGGACAGGCUUGCCAAACUAAAAGCAAGCAGAAUGAAAGAACUUGUUUUUAAGAAGAGGUCAGAGUUAGAGGAAAUAUGUAGAUUGACUCAUAUUGAACCAGAUCCAAGUACUGUGGCCGAGAAAGCUAGUGCAUUAAUAGAUUCUGGACUGGUGGAUCCUUCUGAGCUAUUAGCCAAAAUCGAAUAGAUAAUUAAGGCAAAAGAUGAAGUUUUGAGUAGAAAAGAAGUAUCAGAUAGGAUUGAUAAGUGGUUUGUUGCAUGUGAAGAGGAGAAUUGGCUUGACAAAUAUAAUCAAGAUGACAACCGUUACACUGCUGGGCAAUGCACUCACAUUAAUCUUAAACGUGCAGAACAUGCUAGAAUAACUAUAGGCAAAAUUCCAGCUAUAGUUGACAAUCUUAUAAACAAAACAUUAGUCUGGGAAGAUGAAAAGAAGACAUAUUUUCUAUAUCACGGGGUAUAUGUGGGUGUCAAUGACAUGCAACAGAAAGAGGAAGAUAAGAGAGACGACAGAGGCUAA